UAAUGUAUCUCUUCUCUACUAAAAAUCUAUUCAACUAAUAAAAAGAAAAUUAAAAUUCUUUUUUUUUAUUUUUCUUUAAUUUUUAACAUCCAAAUAGAGGAUUAUGAUAUUUUGAUCGCAUAGAUGGUAAGGUAGAACCAAACUAGUUGUUAAUUCCUCCACAUACACUUUGUUUCGCUUUGAUUCUUUCUGUAUAUAGAAUUUGUAUUCUCAUUACAACCGAGGAAUCUGCUACGUUUUGGACAGGCUUAUAGGAAUUUUAAAUUUGUCUUUUAAGUAUGUUGUCCUUUCAAGUUUCAUCAUCGUCACUUGGCUGCUGCUUCUUCUUCAUUGUUCUUUUUUUUAUUAUUAUUAUUAUUAUGAUUAUUUUUCCCUUCUCUCAUUUAGUCCCUGACCCUCUUCUUUUUCUCUGCGUUGAAGCUUUUCUCUCUUUUGAAUGAAAAGUAAAACGGGGACACUUAAAAGAACAAACGAAAGGAAAUUCUAUCCUCCAUUAAUGGUCUUGAUAUAAGUGUCAAAAUGGAUUCUGUGAAACCGUCUUCCAUGACUCCAAAAAAGGGUAGAUUGGCACGCAAAGUAGCUAAAGUUCUUCAUCGUCGAGCUGCAACUGGGAUUGCUCCGGUUGACGGCGUGCAUAAAGUCAAGUCCCAGGAACAGUUCAAGGAUGAUAAUAAGAUUGGCAAUAAGAGCACAAUCAGUCUGGGUCAGUCCUUCGACAUCAGCAAUGAUGACGAUUCUCAGAAGCGUUUGGCUAUGGAAGCUUUUCUUGCAAAACUGUUCGCCAGUAUUUCUUCUGUUAAAGCAGCAUAUGCGCAGUUACAGUACGCUCAGUCUCCGUAUGAUGUUGAUGGGAUCCAAGCAGCUGAUCAACUAGUAGUUUCCGAGUUGAAGAAUUUAUCUGAGUUGAAGAGAUGUUAUACAAAAAAACAGUUUGAUGAUCAUUCUACGGAGACAACUUUGCUGAUGGCUGAAGUUCAGGAGCAAAAGAGUUUUUCAAAGACCUAUGAAAUUAUGGGGAAGAAGUUGGAGUCUGAGUUGAGGCUCAAGGACUCAGAGAUCAUAUAUCUUGGAGAAAAAUUGGAGGAAUCAAAUAGACUGAACCGGUUACUCGAGAAAAGAUUAAAUCAGAGCGGCCAGUUGUCUAUGCCUGUAAAUCUUCACAGAUCAGGUCUGAGUCCCAGCCAUUUCCUAGCCGUUGUUCGCUUUACAGUCAAGUCGAUCCGAAGCUUUGUCAAGCUGAUGAUUGAUCAGAUGAAAGCUGCUGAUUGGAAUCUUGACGCUGCAGCCGAUUCUAUUGUACAGGACGUUUUCUACUGGAGAGAUGACGACAAAUGCUUUGCAUUUGAAUCCUUUGUCUGCAGGGAAAUGUUCAGUUCUUUCCAUUUGCCGAAUUUCUCUGUUCCAAGCCAGUCUUUAACAUGGGGAAAGAAUCAGCAACAGCAUUUUUUCAGAAGAUUCAUAGAACUAAAAUCCGUCAAAGCCAAGGAAUAUCUUGCAGAGAAUCCCAAAUCAACAUUUGCAAGAUUCUGCAUGGCCAAGUACUUGCAACUUAUUCAUCCCCACAUGGAAACAUCAUUCUUCGGCAAUUUAAGCCAAAGAAACCUUGUGAAGUCCGGUGAAUUCCCUGACACCAGCUUCUUCGCUGCGUUUGCUGAAAUGGCAAAGCGAGUAUGGCUUCUACAUUGCUUAGCCUUUUCUUUCGAGCCAGAAGCCUCAAUCUUUCAAGUGCGAAGAGGAUGUCGGUUUUCUGAGAUUUACAUGGAAUGUGUGUCUGAAGAUGCACUGCUCUUGUCUGAAAAUGCACCAGAAGCUGACCCACCAGUUGCAUUCACCGUAGUUCCAGGCUUCAGGAUUGGUAAAACUAUUAUACAGUGCCAAGUCUACCUCUCUCAAAUCCAACACAAGGUAAAUCGAUGAUGAUCAAUCUCAUGGACCCACAGUCAUGAUUCCUCAUGAGUAGAAUUCAGUUGGAUGCAAGUGAUUUGUCCCCUGUAGGGCCCAGGCUUCUUGAUGUAAGGUAAACCUAAACCGUUGACAUUAGAUCCAACGGUGAGGAUGAUAUGGAGGCCAUGAUCAAAGCUUUUGAAUUUUAAUUUUAAUUUUAAAUGAGUAAAAUAGUUGAUGAUGGAGAAGAUGUGGGUUUGGCUAGUUGGCUUUGUUUUUGAAAAGGAGAAUAGAAUGGACCGUUGGAGUAGGGUAGGGGACAAGACAACCUUUGAUUAAAUUUUAUUAGAAUGACCUCAGUUUUGUUAAUAUUAGGCGAAUGACACAAGGAUUUGUUUAGUCUCGUUUCUCAAUGUUAUUGAUGUUUUUGUUUUUUUUUUUUAAUAAUUUUAUGUACAUUAUAAUAAUAAUAAUAAUGAAAUGGGUGUAUAGUGUGAAUUCCGAGUGUCUA